GUUGACGGUUGAGCACGUCUUGGCAGCUGAUUUUCCACCUCAUGUGCAUACCCGCUUUCCUGUUGAUCGCUUCAACACAACACUGCUCCUCCUCCCUAAUUUUCUAACACUAAACAAACCAAACCAAUUCAUCAUCAUCAUCGCCGCCACCACCACCACCAUCAUCAUCUCUUCUUCUCCAAAUAACAAAUCAGCGCUUCGCCAAAUCCCACCCACCACCUGCUCCCCUCGCCCUUCUCCUAAAUCGCAAGCACUUCCUCCGCCUUCCGCGUUCUUGAUGCAACAGACAGUCCUGCGAUUUCAGUAGCCAGGAAGGAGAAAGGGGGCAGGCGCCGUUUUCUGUCCUGAGAGGAGAUCUUGCUGGUCUAGUCUUGGUUGUUGAGGCAGGGAGAUUAAGAGCCGAGGGAGGGAGGGAGAUGUCUCGUGGCGGCGGCUACGGGGAGAUGGGGCAGAAGAUCGACUACGUGUUCAAGGUGGUGCUCAUCGGCGACUCCGCCGUCGGCAAGUCGCAGCUGCUGGCCCGGUUCGCGCGCAACGAGUUCAGCCUCGACUCCAAGGCCACCAUCGGCGUCGAGUUCCAGACCAAGACCCUCCAGAUCGACAACCGCACCGUCAAGGCCCAGAUCUGGGACACCGCGGGACAAGAGAGGUACCGAGCGGUAACCAGUGCCUACUACAGAGGCGCAGUAGGAGCUAUGCUAGUAUAUGACAUGACCAAGCGCCAGUCCUUCGACCAUAUGGCGCGGUGGCUCGAGGAAUUGCGAAGCCAUGCUGACAAGAACAUCGUCAUCAUGCUCAUCGGGAACAAAUCGGACCUGGGCACGCUCCGGGCUGUCCCGACAGAGGAUGCCAAGGAGUUUGCCGAGCGCGAGAGCCUCUUCUUCAUGGAGACGUCCGCUCUCGAGGCCACCAAUGUUGAGAAGGCCUUCAUGACAGGCCUCGAGGAGAUAUACCGCACUGUCAGCAAGAAAAACCUUGUCGCCAACGACGAGGCUAACUCCGGCGGGAACUCCAGCUUGCUGAAAGGAACGAAAGUUAUCAUCCCUGGCCAGGAGCCGGCCCCUCCGGCCAAGGCAGCAUGUUGUAUGUCCUCCUAGAUACCAUCUUGUUUCUGGCAGGUAAAGUUUCUAAGUUGAUCUCGCGGUAUCGACACGCUGAAUGGGUGGGAUUCUUGGGAGGAGGGAUGUAAUUACAUGAAUAGGUGACUCACAUAAAUUGUAAUCUUGUUGAUGAUUAGAAUUUGUAUCUGAUUAUACGGUGGCAUACAGUUAUCACGAAUCCUUCUAUUUGGGAUGUAAUUAGCCCAACCUUU